AUAUAUUUAAAUAUACGUCCUUUUAUUGGGGUUGAUUUUGGUUGCUAUGGUUACGGAAGUGGUCCUAUGCAACAGAAACAUCUGUAGAGACAUGGCUGUGCAGAGCUGGAGUAAUAUCUUAAAAUCAUCAAAGAAAACAGCUUUGAUACACGACGGAAAAAGGAAGAUUCACUACCUCUUCACAGAUGGAAAAGAAAUGGCAGAAGAGUAUGACUUAAAAACAGAUGAGCUCAUUGUACGAAAGUGGCGUCAUAAAAGCACACUUGGAGCUCAAGGCCAAUGGCAGGUAGAGGUCGGGGAGCCACUUGCAAGCCCUGUCGCAUCUUUGGACUCCGAUGUGAUCAAGGAGAACUACUCCAAUCCUGUGUUCAUGCGUAAAGAUAUAAAGAGCAGCUUUCAGUGGAGAAUCCGCAACCUUCCCUAUCCCAAAGAUGUCUUCAAUGUUUCUGUGGAGCCAUCUGAGAGAUGCAUCAUCAUAAAAACCUCAAACAAAAAGUAUUAUAAGAAGUUCAAUAUUCCUGACCUCGAUCGCAGUCAGCUGCCAUUCGACUGCUCUGCCCUCAGCUUUACUCACGCCAACAACACUUUGAUUGUCAGCUACAAAAAACCCAAAGAGAUCUUAACCCUUGAGCAGGAGCUACUGAAGGAGCUGAAGACAGUGAAGGACACUGCAGGACGGGACGGUGACUGCAAAAGUCAGUGAAUUGUGAAUGUGGGAGCGAGAGAAUAAUUCUGCGUUGCAUUUAAAGCAGAUCCUCACACCGUCAUUUUCCAGUCACAUGUGAGCUCUCAUUUAUCUGAAUCCCUUAUUCAAAAGACCUUUUCUUAAUUGGGGUCCAUUUCUUGGAGUUGAUACUGUUGAAAUUUGUCCUAUUAUUUAUGUUUGAUAUUUGACAUUUUUGACAUUUUCAGUAAAAUAUAUUCCAAGUUUCUCAGUCUCACAGGCAGAUAUAUUAACUUUGUGUUUGGACCAUGAGUGUUUUCCCAAAUUAUUUUUCAUAGAAAAAUCAUUUCACAACUCACAUAAAGUAUUUGUAUGGAAAUUAUCAUUGUAUCGCAACAACAUCUAUUUUUUUGCUCCUUGUUACCAAACCUACAAGGGAGCCUGUUGAUGGGGGUCACAUAACCUACCACCCUCCUUUCAUUGAUGUCCUUGUAAAACACUCAAAACAUACAAUGCCUCAUCCCUGUUCGUUCCGGGGUCACUGUUACGAGCACGUCCCAUUUGUGUUAACUGAAUACCCUUAUGUUCCAUGCAUGUAGUGGGCCACCCUGAAAGCCAUUACUGAAACUAGUGUUACCGUUUCCCAUUACAACAGAGGGUCACUGUGACUUUGUGGUCUCCAGCUAAAACUCCAUAGACACAAGUUAGAAAUAGGAGCAACUGUUCCAGAGGUGUCUUCCAAAUUGUUUUGAUAUUCUUGUCUAAGAGGGACAAAUAUAAAAUUUCACAUCUUUAGCAUAUGGAAUUAUAUGUGUACAUAGGAUUCUUGGCAAAAUCUGAGGCACUCAAGAGGGUGAUGAUUUAAAAAGCCUUUAUUUUCUCAUGGCAUGUGUAUAUAUAUGACAUGUACAAAAUAAUUGUAUGUAUGGACCCUUGCUUCAAAAUGUGACAUUGUGUCACAUGUCUACUUUUUCACAAAGUUCAAUUAAAAAAAGAAAAAGUCCUGUCAGAAAUACUUAGACAGUGGAUAAAAAAAGAAUGGUGCUGUUUAAAAGAGACAAUGGCAUUUAAAUAUAGAUUGUUUCAACCUUG